AUUGGAGCUGUCACACGUGCUUCCGCCUGAUCCCCAACCCUGCAGCCACCCACAUCCCCUCACUAGUUCUUCAACAUCAACUUGGCCUUUCGAUGCCCCGUCGAAUCCUUCAACUAUAAUUCUGCUUCAAAAUAUUCAAUUCAGGUAGCAACAGGAACCCCCCCCCCCCCCAACAGAUCAGCAAAUGGCGCCUAGCAUUGUCUUUAAUGAGGUAGACGAAGUCAACAAUCCAACAGCGACUUUCAUCUACUCCGAGUCGACCAACCACAAUCAACACAGCAAAGGAGAUCAUAGGGAUAUCAGAGGACGCAUUGAUAUAGCGCAUGCUUCUUCGGGUUCUUCAACCCCAUGGUCUCUAAGCUCUCUACGGAAUGUUCUAAUAGACGUCUUUCUUCCUGCUGGGUAUCCGCACAGUGUUAGCGAUGACUAUAUCCCAUAUCAAAUCUUUGACUCUCUCCAAGCUUUCAGUAGCUCCAUUGCGGGCCUGUUAUCUUCCAGAGCAGUCCUACAAGGUAGCUCUACCAACCCUAUAGCUACAGUCACACUUCUAACCAUCUCAGGUGUCGGAGUCGGCAAUGCCAAUGCCUCUCCUACUUCUGCCUUACUCCUACACAUCCUGCAGGACUCCUCCGGCCGCGUUGCCACGAUUCUCUUCGCGCAUCGUGUCGGCACGGCCCUCGAGCCAGAAUGCAAGAUGUAUCGGCUUGCAGCUGACAUCUUCAACGACCUGGCGAUGAUUCUCGACUGUCUCUCACCGAUGAUUCCGGCUGGGGUCAGUCGGGUUACUAUCCUCAGUGCAGCUGGCGUACUACGAGCGCUGUGCGGUGUUGCUGGGGGGAGCUCGAAAGCAAGUCUAAGUGCCCAUUUCUCUCGAUGGGGGAAUCUUGCCGAAGUGAAUGCAAAAGACUCAUCUCAAGAGACAAUUAUCUCGCUGAUUGGCAUGCUCGUCGGAUCUGUAGUCGUCUCCCACGUCACCAGCUUUGCAGCAACCUGGCUUUGUCUUCUUUCUCUCCUCGCCCUCCACCUAAUAUUUAACUACGCCGCCGUCCGUUCCGUCCAAAUGACAAGCCUAAACAGACAACGCGCAAACAUCGUCUUCUCAACUCUCUUCGCCGACACCCUGAUCGACUUUGAAAAUGAAACCGAAUCCCAACUACGCCAGGACCAGGACCAGGACCAGGACCAGGACCAACUCCCUCUCCACCAAACCCCACAAAUCCCCACCCCGGCCCAAGUCGCCAAACAAGAACGAAUCUUUGAACCAAGCGGCGCCCUGAAAUGGAGUCCCAGUCUAACCACGGGAACCAACACGCCCCAUCUUCUUGGGAAAUGCCAAAUAGGCGUCUCCCUCGGCCAAUUCCUCUCUCCUUCAUCGUCCUCCUCCCCAUCUACAACCGCCACAGCAUCUAGCCCCACCUCUCUUACAACCACCCUCCCCCUAGCAGAUCUAACAUCCCUCUUCGCCCAGGAAGAUUACAUCCUCUUCCUCUCCAGGAACCCGCCACGGGGGAACGCAGCCCCCAGAACAACCAGGGCAUCCAUCCUCCUAAAGACAAGCUGCACUCCAGCAUCCCAACUCAAAGCCUGGGCGCACGCCUUGCUAGCUGCACAUUUACUCCUCCCUUCGCCUUCACCCUCCUCCCCCGCAGACCAAGAAAAAGAAAGCGACCCCGAGAUCAAAACAGCAAUGAGAGUCCUCUCGACUACGCUGGGUUUCCUGAAUCAGUCUGCGCGCUUCGAGCGGUACAUGGGACUUCUUGGAGAGGUAGGGUGGGAUGUCCAGGUUGCGGCGUUGGCGACAAGGCCGGGAAGAAGGGUGGAGUUGGUUGGGGCCAGUUGAAUAGUGUGUUCGGUUCUUCUUCUUCUUCUUCUUCUUCUUCUUCUUUCGAGCUAAUUAGCUUCAUUGUAUUAUUAUUAUUUUUUUUUCAUUUAUUUAUCGGGCCUGCCUGGGCUGUAUGUUUGUACUAUAUAUAGAGAGUUAGGAUGGUUAUAAGAGGUAGAGGAUGUCACCACGUGUCACCGAGAAAGUGGCACAGCAGCUCCUUCUACUAUCUACUAGAUAAGUCUCGGGAAGGUUUCUCCAGAUACUCCUCCGUACUACACUAAAAUAAGUUACUUGGAAAUAAUCUGAUUGCUAUCGAUCAAUUGGGUAUCUAUCGACUAGUGGUAUGUAAUGCUAAUAAUGCCAACCCUUAAAACAC